AUGCAACUACCUACCGCAUCCCACCACCCCAAUCUCCAAGCGCGGUUACGAGGCAACAUGAGACUCUAUACAGUAUUUUCCAUAUUGGUACAAUGCUCCCUCCUCCAGGCAACGGCAGCGGCAGCAGAGAGCAUGGAACUGACAGUAAACAAUGCCAUCGCCCUCAACACCUCCAUGCUCGACACAGACACUACAAACUGUACCAUGAAGCAGACCAAGCACACCGAAAUCAUGACAUGCAUCUUCAGCCAACCCAGGACCCACACCGUCCACUGCACCCGCUCCCAAAGAAGCCACACCAACUCACCUCCCCUACGCCUCCGAAUCUUAGGCGUCGAAAACACAACCUACGUACCCGAGAAUGCAGAGAGCAUGCUAAACAUCUUCAUCGCACGCGAGCUCUACUACGAGCACAAGACCCGAUCCAAGAAGCCGCCGUUAACGGCCAGAUACUCGCGCGACUACGGACUGGUGCAACAAGAGGAAGUACUGACACGGGCGAAGAAGAAGAUAUUCGCCACGUUUAUAGUCAUGCUGACUCUUCUGACCAUGAUUGUGGGUACGGUCGCCAUGUUCAACGCCCAGCACAUGUUUAAGAUGGGGUCUUCGGAUCAGAAGGAGGUGCUGGAUUUGGCGCUGCAGCGUAAUGAUCUGAUUGACAAGAUACGUGAGUGUGCGCGGCAGAAGCAGUGGCUGCAUGCGGAAUUGGACAAGGUCAGGGCUGAGGAAAUUAGUCGGGGGUCGGAUACGCUUUCUAUGGCGACUAUUGUGAGCUAG